AAUUUCUUUUUUUAACCGACUUUCUUUGUCUUUGUUUAUCAAUGCUUUAUUAAACCCUAUUGUCUUCCAUUACUCCUUAUUUAAUUUAACUGGUUCAAUAAUCUUCUUUUUCUCGCUAAAUUUCACUCAUUAUCCUUGAUUGAAUCACUGCUAAUAUUGAUAAAAUAUUGAAACAAAAGAGUGUUUGAAUAUCUUAGCAAACCGUUAAAAGACGUGGAGCUUACUUUCACUUGAUUUUUCAAGUGUACAUUCAAUAUGCUUCAAGUCAAUACGUUAGACCUCCAGAUAAUUUAGCAGCUGCUUUUGCCACUGAAUUAAAUUCAUUAAAUGUAACUAAACCAGCCUUCAAAAUCAAAGGAAUCUCACAAAAAUUGGAUAAUUAUUACCAUGUUGGUGUAGUUUUUUGCUAUAGCAAUAACAAUAACACACUUACUGGUGGAACAAUACAAACCCAAUCUGGUAUAUCAACACUUUGUGCACAAUUGUCUGAUCAAAUUGAUGAUGCAAAUAUACUUUUGAAAACAUUUAAAAUUGCUCUCUAUUUAAUAGAUUGCUUUUUAAUACAAAGCGCCUUUCCUGGUUCCUUAUAUGACUUGGAUAUUGUUACUGGUGUAACCAAAAAUUUACAGACAAAGAUUGGUUUUCCUGUUAUAAUCAUUUUCAUUGACAAUAAUCUUCAAAAUCGAUGGCAGUUGACAUUCGACUAUAAUUAUCAUCCUUGUCAAUCACUUUAUUUCCUCUGGAAUAAUCAGCGAAACAGUUAUGGGACAAAUAUCCGAUAUUUGGCCGGUAACGUGCUUGUAAUCUUGGUUUAUAUUAUGCUUCAACAGAUAAAGGAAUGAAAAAUGUAAAGACCCAAAUGGUUUCAAGUUCCCUGUCAUUAGUAUCAGUAAUUGUCAGUGACAAACCGAAAUCCAAAAUAAAAAGCAGUAUUCUAUUGAAGUCCAAGUCGAAUAUCGGUCUUAAUCUUAAAAGUAAAUCACAAAGCCAAAUCAAAAAAUCAAAAACCAAACUAAAAAGAGAUAAAGAAUCAAAAACUAAGCUAACGAGAACUGCACCAUCAAAGACUCAGCUACCAAAAACGGGACCAUCAAAGACUCAGUUACUCAAAGCUGAGCCAGAUAAAGCUCAAACAUCGAAGACUCAGCUAUUAAAAACUGAACCAAUGAAGACUCAGCUAUCAAAGACUCGACUAUCAAAGACUCAACUACCAAAAACUGGACCAUCAAAGACUCAGUUACUCAAAGCUGAACCAAUGAAAACUCAAACAUCGAAGACUCAACUACCAAAAACUGGACCAUCAAAGACUCAGUUACUCAAAGCUGAACCAAUGAAAACUCAAACAUCGAAGACUCAACUAUCAAAGACUCAGCUAUUAAAAGCUGAACCAAUGAAGACUCAGCUAUCCAAAACUCAACUACCAAAAACUGGACCAUCAAAGACUCAAUUACUCAAAGCUGAACCAAUGAAGACUCAAACAUCGAAGACUCAAAUGCCAAAAACUGACCUAUCAAAGACUCAACCAUCAAAAACUAAACUACCAGAAGUCAAAACAAAUAAACAAAAAUAAAAUAAUUUUGUUGCCGAUGUUUAUAACCAUGACAAUAUUUGUAGCAAAAUCAAUAAAACGGGUUGAUCAGCAGCGAAGAAAAAUUAUUUGAUAGUGUCGAGGCAAAUCUACUGUUUCAAGGUUGGCUCCAAAUGACCAGAUCAAGAAGAAAAAUAACGGAAAUUUAAUCAUGUUUUUCUGUUAAUCGUUACAGUUUAAUAAGCUGAAUUAAAACAGGUUAUGGAUGCAACCGGAAAAUUUCAUUAUCAAAAUCAUAAGUCGGCUCAGACUAGGAUUAUCAAUUUCUCAAGCUAAGACUGGGAAUGACCCUCCGAUGAAUAUCUGAUAACUAACUGUUCAUGAUUCGCUAUCAAAAUACCCAAAACAGUCAUGGAAUGACACAAGAAUACUGGUGCUAAUGAAAUAAAAUGACUGAAAAUCUCAAAUUUCGUCAAAUUGAGGCUAUUUAAAGGUGUAGGUUACUUGAAAAUUACAUUCCAAGCUCAAGAAAAAAAGCAAAAUGGCAGAGAAACAGGUUACUGGAGGUGUUGAAAGAGGUGCACCUGGUAUUAGCACAGAAUGCUUUCUAAUCUAAAGAUAAACAAGGGCUAAUUACCUUGAGAAUGACCUAAACACGAGAAGCCCCAAAGGCAAUGUUUACCCAUACACUGUUAUUGUCGCCAGUAUGGCUGGCAAAACUGGUCUUCAUAUGUUUACGGAGGGGAAGAGAUGGACAGAGAAGACUGUUUGUCUCCAAAAACAAGGUUUUCAAGUUUUAAGGCUGGACAGGUCAGUUUCUAAAAAUGAGAAUAAAGACUUUUGAGACAAUGAAAACAAAGGUACAAUGGAAGCUUUUUGUUAAAGUCUUGAUGUCCAGUCAACACUUUGGAAGACGAAUUAAGUUGUUGGAUCAUACUGGAUGCUAGGAUCUUUACUCGAGAUUAUUGAAACUCUCAUCGAUGGUUCCAAUGAAAUUGAUCAAUUAUUACAUUAUACGAGCAAGAACUGCAAACUCACUGUACUUCAAUCAGCCAUCAAUAAAUCUUAAAAUUCCUGUAAUCGUAUAAGAAACUAAUGGUAUCUCUUCAAAUCCUCCAUUAAGAUGGAUCAAAGAUUUGGCUAAAACAUAAAUCAAGAGAAGCUAAUUUUUGAUCAAUAUUAAUAUCCAUUGAACCAUUAUUGGCAACAAUUAUUAAGAUGUGAUAUAUAUUUUGUACAUUAGUGAUUAUAUCAAGUUACUUUUUUGGGUUUUUAAUGUACAAUAUUUAACUUUACCUAAAAUGUAUCUUUAUUUUUUACUAAUCAUUUUUCCUAGUUUUACAAGUCAGCAAUCUACAUCUAUUAACACCAGUACUCCCGGUCCAACUAGCACAUUAAAUCCAAAAAAUCCAACUCCAUUUGAGUUUGAAUUUCGCUCAUUGAAAAUUGUGAAACCUUCGGUUGCCAUAAAAAAUUUAACUCGCCCAUUGGAUGACUUCUUCCAUAUCGGUGUUUAUUUUGUUUUGCAUAAAGAUCAAACAUUUAGUAACCCCAAAACAACAAUUAAAUCAUCACCAGAAUCAUUCUUAACCAAACAAAUCGCGGAAGCAAACAAAGUUUUGAGCAGAUAUACAAUUGCACUCUAUUUAAUUGAUUACAUAUUCAUUCAAAGUCCAUUUCCAUCUCCAACAUAUUAUAAUAUUUACAAACGAGUAACUAAUAUUUUGAGUACCACCAUUGGUUUCCCUGUUAUAACAAUUUUCGUUGAUGAAAAAGUUCCAAAUCAAUGGCAUGUAACCAAAAAUAAUACUUUUGCGCCUUGUGGGCCAACUUUUUUUCACUGGAAUCCUACUUUAACCAGUAUAGAUCAAACCACAAAUGAGACUAGAAGAAUCCGUUUUUUAUAUGGUAAUGUGAUAUUUAAAUUGUUCAAUAGCGAUACCGCAGUGUGCACACUUUGUAAGGAUGCAUGCUUUAAAGAAUUGGCUGAUAAGCAAUGGACAGAGGUCAAGUUUUACCACUCGGAAUGUUUGCAUCAGAAUAUGCGAGAAAGCUAUUACCUUGGACCAUUCACUUGUUUCACUGUGUUACCAAUGUUCACCCGCAGACCUCAUUGUGGUAAUGGUGUUAUAGAGGGAAAAGAGCAAUGUGAUUGUAUCGGUCCUUGUGGUCAUUGUCGCUUCAAUUGUACCUUGAAACCCCGUAAACAGAGUGCAUCUUCUUCUUUUAUUACUCCUAGUUUCAAAAUAGCUGUGUUAGGAGUUGCUUUCUUGGCUCUACUUGUUUCUGGUACAUUCCUGCUUCUACGUGAUUCAGGAAAAAUUUUAGCAUUCUUUGGAAGUCCAACGCCCAUAGAUCGAUUCAGACCGGAUCCUCAACAACAACAACAACAGCAGCAGCAGCAGCAACUACAACAACCGCCUGAAUUACAGAUGAAUAAAUCGAAGGCUUGAGUAAGAUGUUUGCUUGAACCAUUGUAAUAAUAGAAGGAUAAUACAAUUAUCAUGUGGUCACCAGAUUGUAAAGAUUAAGCCAAUUCUUUGGAAUCGUCAUUAACUUAACGUCAAAGACAAAAACGUACGAUCUGAGGCAUCUGUAAAUGGCUUUGACUAAUUUUGUUAGAAUAUGAUUGAAAUGUAAUUGACAAAAAAUUGACUGAUCUUAAUAGUUUUGUCGUACAUCGUGUUGCAUCUUGAAAUACAUUAUUAAGUUUGCACUUUGAUAUUUAUAAUAUUUAGAUGUUUUAUUGCAUCUUAAUGAAAAUUUAUUGGUAAAUUAAAGCUUAAACUUGAUUGAUACAUUUAUGAUUGUAGUUACAAUGAAUUAGUUUAGCUGUAAUGGGUAAA